UAGGAGCGGUUAGCCAGUGCUCCGCUGUUCCACGCGUCUCGCGCUAGCCUGGGCAGCUGUCACUAGAAGCCAGGGGCCACUAGAUGAGCGCCUGGAACUGUGGUAGUCAAUUAUGGAGUGAUGCUUGAAUAGAAGCAGGUGUUGCAUGUGGUCCCAAACUCCACGGUCUUAGAUAUGGACUUUCUUCAGUUUUUAGCCUUUCUCUUUCUCCUGCUGUCUGGAACAGACACCACAGGCACCCUGAAGCCCUUGAACCCAAGCCUCAAGAUUUAUAAGAAACUGUUUGAAGUGAAACGUCGGGAGCAGCUGUCAGCACUGAAGAACCUGGUGCAGCUGAAUGAUGUUCACCAGCAGUACAAGAUCCUCGACAUCAUGCUCAAAGGACUUUUUAAGGUGCUGGAGGAUUCCAGGACAGUGCUCAUUGCUGCUGAUGUACUUCCAGAUGGGCCUUUCCCCCAGGAUGAGAAGCUGAAGGAUGCUUUCUCCCAUGUGGUGGAGAACACAGCAUUCUUCGGUGAUGUGGUGCUGCGUUUUCCCAAGAUUGUGCACCAUUACUUUGACCACAACUCCAACUGGAACCUGCUCAUCCGCUGGGGCAUCAGCUUCUGUAACCAGACAGGUGUCUUUGACCAGGGACCCCACUCACCUAUCCUGAGCCUGAUGGCCCAGGAGCUGGGGAUCAGCGAGAAGGACUCCGAUUUCCAGAACCCAUUUAAAGUAGGCCGCGCAGAGUUCGUGCCCAGCACUGACUCUUUCCAGAAGGCCCUGAGGGAAGAAGAAAAACGCCGGAAGAAAGAGGAGAAGCGGAAAGAGAUCCGAAAAGGUCCAAGGAUCUCAAGAUCCCAGUCUGAGUUGUAGUCCUGGGGCAGCUCAGAGCUCAGGGAACCAACAGGAGGCCAUUCUGGAGGAAGAGGUGAUGGCCAUGUGGCUGCUGAAUUCGGUGUAGUAUCAUCGAUCGACUGAGGGUGAGAACCCGCCACUGCCAGAUUGGGACACCACCACCUUUACUUGGUCAUCAGGAGCUAAGUUGAGCCCUGACCCAAGAGACUGAGUCUCAGGAGUCUAGUUUUCCUCCUAGGGCAUCCUGGGAAGGGGCUUUGAAGGGACCUUUAGAAGACACUGUGCUGCAGACACAACCUUGUGGAGACUACUAAAGGAGGGAGGUAGUAAUCAUGACCUGGGCUCCUGGUAGGUGACAGCUGGUAUCCAGCUGGCUAAGACCCUUUGUGCGGCAGUAAAGAACCAUGCCUUGAGGUGAAGUACCAACACCUGUAGCUGAGUUCCCAGCCAGCCCUCUACAGAGACACAAUAAAAGCCAGCACA